ACUGCUCUUCAAACAGGACAAAACAUUUUUCAGUUUGACAAUUAGGCAACCAGGACAUUGAAACAGGGGAAGUAUGUCUACUGGAAGCAAAGAGACACAGCGAGACACAGCAUGUCCAGGGGCAGCAGCAGUUUAUUUCUCCAACCCUAUGAUGAGUGAUUUUGAAUCCGACUGGUCUCCGAUUCAUGAUGCUGCCUUUAAUGGAAAAGUUCUCAGCCUGCGGAGACUCAUUGCUCAGGGAAUAUGUGUCAAUCUAAGCACCCUGGACCAAGUCUCACCCCUUCAUGGAGCAAGUCUGCAAGGCCACACAAACUGUGCCAAGCUUCUGGUGGAAAACGGAGCAAAUGUUAACAGUGCAACUGUGGAUGGACGCACUGCAUUAACAGAUGCCUGUGCCGGGGGCCAUGUGACCUGCGUAUCCCUACUUCUCCAGCAUGGAGCGACCCCCCAGGGCAACAGCCCGUCUCAUUCUCCAGUCCACUGGGCUGCGGCCAAGGGUCACCCUGAAUGCAUUGAAAAGCUUGUUCAGUACAAUGCAGAUGUGGAUCAACAUAUUGAUACAUUAGGAUCCCCUCUUCAUGUUGCUUGCUCCAAUCAGCAGCUGGGCUCUGUGAGGCAACUUCUUCAGCUCGGUGCUGAUGUUAACAGGAGCGUUUCUGGUGACUCUCCCCUGCACAUCGCCGUGCGUCUGUCCAGCCCUGAGAUGGUUUCCGACCUGCUCGAUCACGGAGCAGACCAUCUCCUGGUGAACGCAGAGGGCAAGCGGCCUCUGGACCUGACCCCUCCUGACAGCCGAGUGGGACGACUGCUGAGAGAAGCAGGAGGUAUUCAGAUCAGAGCUACAGAGAAUGACUCCUCUGAAGCAGCUGUGCCGGCUACGCAUCAGGAAAACUGUGGGGAAGCACAGAAUGGGUGAGAUUCCUGACCUUCACCUCCCCACAAAGCUGAUACAGUAUCUUCUCUACCAAUCCGAGCAGAGCGACGUUCAAAAGCACUGAAAUCACUACUACCCUUCAAUCCCAGACUCUGAGUCUUCCACAUUUAGGCCAGCAGGGGGAGAACUUGCACAACCUGGCAGGAUAAUUCCCUUCUGAAAAAAAAACACCAGAGCCUUACAAUUAUUAUAAACUAAUUUAGGAUUAUAAAAAAAACUUUAAAGUCUUGUUGGAAGAUGCUGUUAUAAAAUAAUCAUAGGCAAUAACACAUUUCAAGCGAAAAAUCAAAUCAAAACUAAAGCACAACAUAGUUAAACUACUGACAGAUUAUUUUUAAUACAAAGAAUGAAUUCUCAUUUAUGUUGUAUUUCUUUGAAUGUUGUAAAUAAAAGCUGGAUGUUUCACAAAUGUCUGAAGAGACAUUAGAGACAUUGAUUUAUUAAUUUUUUUGGGAUAAAAAUCAAACCAUUAAACCACAACAUAUGAAAUAAUUUAAAUAAAGGUUUCUCAGGUGGUUUCCUCUGGGUUGAAUAGAAAUGUAUUCAUAAGGUUUAAAUUACUGGUUGAAAUGACUACUUGAAAGCCAUUUGUUCUUUAAUGUGAGGUGUUUGUUUUAAAUACAAUGCUUUUCAUUUUAAACCAUUAAUGACAUAUCAUAAAGAACAAAGGUUUUAUCUAUUGCUGAUAAAAAAAAACAAGAGCAUCUUUGACACACUGUGCGACAUGGGUGAUAAAGAGAUAGCAUGUACAGAGUGAGAGAAAAUAAGGAUAUGAUUUUGUAAACCAGUUACAGGAUAAAGAUUUUAUGGUGCACAAGCUAUUUUAUGGGAUUUAAUAUAAAAUGUUGGCCUCCAUAUUCUCUUAAUUUCCCAAAAUGUGUGUGAUUUAAUACACAAGUAUAUAACAAUAAUUUGAUUUGAUAUGAUAAAGUCUUCUCUAGCGGCCUCUGAGCUUAUAACAAGAUCCUUCCUCAUCCUCAAAAACACUGACCUCUGAUCAGAGUCUCUGUCACAAUACCAGAGGGACCGAAAGUAGAAAACAUGUUUAGAUGCGGCUGCAAGAAAACACCAAGGCUAGCAGUGUAGCAGACACUUAAAAAACUGGUUUUUGUAGCACCGCUUGACCUUUUUCAAAUUUUAUGUUACAGCCACUAACGUCAGUGCAUUUUGUUGGGAUUUUAUAUGAUAGACCAACACACAAAAAGAGCAAUAAUAAAAAAGUACUUGGCCUUU